CCGAGUCACCUGUGCUUAGCUGGGCGGGUAUUCGAAAGCGCUUGUUGCUCAUUUUAAAAGAUUUCAAGCUGUCGCGCUUCAGCACGAGCAGACGGUCAUACUGCCCCUGCUGACAUGUCGACAUCAGGACAGCUAGCCACGCAAAGCGGGGACUCGGAAGUGUUCAACCUAAAACACACGAAAAACAUACUGUUGAAAUCUGUGUUGUCGUUCUUCCCGCAUUUCGCUGCUAAGUACGGGGUCCGCCCCUGGGGACUUAAUUGGCGCUCUUCAGUUUGGUUCGUGACCUUAGUGGUAGGAUUAGGAAUUACGACCGAUCUUCUUGUUUACUCGAUAGUCAUUCCCGUGCUCCCUUUUUAUUUGGAGAGCUUGAACUAUUCUGGCGUGUCAAGCUUAGUCGGAUAUCUUCUUUUCGCAUACUCUGGAGGCCUCGUUGUUGCGACACCUGUCAUCGCCUGGUUCUCCGAACGAUAUAACCUCAGGCAAAUGCCAUUAGUUUUGGGACUACUUGCACUUACAGGAUCUCAGAUCAUGCUCAUGCUAGCGCCGACAUAUUGGGUGAUGGCGCUUGCCCGCGUCAUACAAGGUGUCAGCUCGUCCAUGGUAUGGGUGGUAGCACUUGCAUUACUAUGUGACACUACUCCGGAGCGAUACAUUGGUCAACAGCUCGGUAUAGCCAUGUCCGGACUCUCACUUGGUUUACUCAUUGGACUUCCUGUCGGAGGCGCUCUAUAUGGGCGUUGGGGUUAUUACGCCCCUUACUACUUCGGAAUCGUCGUCACAAUCAUCGAUCUUAUAGGACGGUUACUUGUCAUCGAACGUAAAGAUGCCAUGAAGUGGGGCGUCGACCCAGCGGCUGACGCCCUCAAAGCUGACGAAGAAGCUCAAGAUGCCGCAGUUGUUGGGGGUGAUGUCGAAACCAUCUGUGAAGAGACACCUAUACAAGGACCGUCUCUCGAGGGCUCAAAGGAGGAGCUCAAAGACAUUCGAGAAGACGUUAAGACAGAACGGACGGUAGCCUCCACAAAUUCCCCUGUCCAGUCAUCUACGCCACUUGGAAUGCCAGGACCUUCAGCUGCCAGAACUCCAGUUAUCGACGACGCCGCGCCUGCCAGUCUUACUUCGUCUACCCGCCGUCUCUCAAUGCUGCAAGUCGUGGCUCUGAUGUUGAAGUCCUCUCGCACGUUGACUGGUUUGCUCAUCACGGCAAUUUAUGGCAUUGUUUACAGCGGACAGGAACCUAUCAUAUCCCUUCAUCUACAGGCUAUCUGGGGACUGAACUCAACUAAAGUCGGGCUCGUCACUUUGGGUGGCGUCAUUCCAACUCUCCUGUCAUCACCUGUGGCUGGCUGGUGGUCUGAUAAGAAUGGCCCUGAAUGGGUCACGAUUGUUUGUUUGGUCCUUUCCUUGCCGUGGUGGGGCGUUGUUACCAUCAACGCGUCUUUAGCUCUGUUCAUAGUCAGCUAUGCUUUAGAAAGCAUGUUUACAUCGGCUGUCAUAGCCCCACUGACCGCUGAACUGGCAGCAAUCAGCCGGUCGAUCGAUGGCGUUGGUUACGCCCACAUAUACGGUGCAUUCAACCUCUUCUACGGAAUUGGAUCUGCUCUCGGACCUCUGAUAGGUGGGCAGAUGUACGAGCACCUCUCCAACGGCUGGUUCGCCUACAACAUGAUGGCCCUCGGACUAUUAUUCACAUCAGCGAUAAUUGCAUCGAUUUAUAUCGGCGACAAUCCGUUAAUGGCUCGACUUGUCAAAAUGUUUCGCAGUGGUACAAAGACGCAACCCUAAAACAGUGGUGUUGAUCUGGUGCCAGUCGUGUCGGGUUCAUGACCCGAACACCCGUCUCAGGCUGGCGUGGGCUAAUCAGGGCAGGGAUACAUAAAUACAUAUACAUGUUUCAUGGAAUUGUGAUGAAUCUUGUUGGCCGAUAAGUAGUAGAACUAACGCAUACAACCACCUUAGACAAACCAUAUCAUUCCAACCAACUUAUGAAUUGCUUAUGAGGAUUUUAGAGACCCGAAUACUAGUCAUGAUCACAUGUCCUUCAGUCUAUUUCAAACUCUUUUCCAUAAC